GUUUGAAGGGCGCCAUCGGCAGCAUCGCCGUGUCUUCAAAUUUAUAAAUGAGUGACGUAGCGUCGGACACGGAGCUCCCAGAUAGCCCCGAGACGUAUGGAGACAGCGUGGACUACGACCUGGGAAGACCUCUCGACUCUGACGACCUGAGCACGGACGAGUCAUCAAGCAGCAAAUCUGAGGACGAUCAUGACUGUGACUAUAAAGCAGCUCAAAGUGAUCCCAGCUACACAGAAUCAGAUGAGGACACGAACUCGAGCUUGACAGAGGCUGGGGAUUCUGCAGACAAUCCCAGACGAGGCCAGCCCACCCACGACACUAACAAGGACUCCAUCUGCAAAGAGUGUGGCCGAGGGCCCUUCAGGUCCCUCAAGCUACAUCUGCGGCACUGUACCAGCGUGAUGGGCAUAAUAUUUCAGUGCUUUCGCUGCAUGAUGAGCUUUCCCAACGAGGCGGCUCUCAAGGAGCACCGCACCUUCUUGUACUCCUGUGACAGCUGCGGCCAGGUGUUCAAACACUGGGACCUGCACCAUAAGCACCCGCCUCCCAACAGAGGCGUCUUGCGCUUGCUCUUCUUCUGCUCCGAAUCCAUGCCCAAAGUGUGCGCCAUAUGCAAGUGCUUCUUUGUCAACGAAAAGUGUCUGUUCACCCACGUCACCAAAGUUCACACGUCUGUGGUCAGCACCAAGGUGCGCAUCAUGAAAAGAACGUCGAGAUUGACUGACAAUAAGGUGCCGUCGAAUGUCGUCGCCGCCGCGAGUACUCCCGUCGUCCACAAUAAGCAGGUCAUUAAUGGACAGCUGUUGACGGACCAUACGUAUUCUUCUGCUAAAGUCGAGGCAAGCUUCCCUGUCCCAGCCUGCUCAGCUCCACAACCCACCAUUCCGCCAGUGUUUGAUAGUCAAAGCCAGGCGCUGGCCUCGACGAAGCGCACGAACACAAGCUGGCGCUCCAAAGCGCCACGACCCUGCAGGCAGUGCGGCACCAUCCUGCGGCAGCCCUACCUCGCCAUUUGCCACCGCUACCUCCACCGCGGCCGUCGCUCGCACCGGUGCCAGUGCGGCCGGGCCUUCAAGCACCGGCUGCACCUCCUGCGGCACUGCGUGCAGCACGCCGAGGCCGAGAGCUACAUCUGCGUCAACUGCGGCAACACGUUCACCGGAGCUAGACUCUUAGCCAAGCACCUGGGGACAUGGAAGGAAAAAAAAUGUCGAGGAAAAUGCACGAUGCCCCUCGCGUGCAGCUGUGGACAUUUCUUUUAUAGGGCCUCUGCCUACAUAUGGCAUCAACUUAAAAACAAUGUGAAAACCAGACAUUUGAAAACCUCUUUAAAUGAUAAGCACUAGUCCAAAAGUGUCAAAACCAAAAAGAAGUCCUUUUUCAAAACCACAGGUUUGUUUAGAAGGCAAACACACUCCACACAGCUUUUAAUUCCAGGCAUUUCCUGGACAGUUUUUGAAGACGUGCAAAUUCCAAGUUAUUUUGACAACAUAACAGAAUACAAGAAAUGUCAGCUAUUUUAGCUUUUUUU